AUGGUUAUCAAUCACAGCGGUGGCUCCGACCACUAUUCCGCCUCAAGCGAGCCCCUCCAGGCUCCAAAGGCCCCCUAUCGUCAGGAGCCUGUGGCUGUGGUUGGGUUUGGCAAUCGACUGCCGGGCCAGAGCGAUAAUCCGACCAAGCUAUGGGAGCUUCUGGAGCGAGGUGGUGUCGCUGGUAACGAGCCACCCAAGUCACGAUGGAGUCUUCAAGGUCAUUUCGAUGGUUCUCGGAAGCCUCACACAGUUCGAACCCCCGGAGCCAUGUUUGUGGAAAAUGUCGAUGCUGCCGACUUCGACGCUGGGUUCUUCAAUAUCUCCACGGCAGAUGCCAUCUCCAUUGACCCCCAGCAGCGACAGCUUCUAGAAGUUGUCUACGAAGGAAUCGAGAAUGCUGGCCUUUGCCUAGAGAAGCUCAGCGGCGCUGAAUACGGAUGCUUUGUCGGGUCCUACGCGGUCGACUACCAGGACAUCCAGAUGAGGGAUCCCGAGGAUCGAGUGGAUGGAAUGACAAUUGGGGUUGGUCGAGCCAUCCUGAGCAACCGAAUCAGCCAUUUCCUGAACAUCAAGGGGCCAAGUAUGACGAUCGACACAGCAUGCUCCGGCAGCCUGGUCGCUCUUGACGUCGCCUGUCGUUAUCUGCAGGCAGGGCAGAUUGAGGGUGCUAUUGUCGCAGCAUCCAACUUGUAUCUGUGUCCAGAGCAGAAUCAGGACAUGGGUGCUAUGCGUGCUGCCUCCUCUUUCAGCGGAAAAUGCCAUACCUUUGACGCCAAAGCUGACGGAUACUGCAAGGCAGAGGGCAUUAACGCCGUCAUUAUAAAGCGUUUGAGUGAUGCCCAAAGAGACGGAGAUCCAAUCCGCGCGGUCAUUCGAGGCACUGCAACCAACAGUGACGGAUGGACGCCUGGUAUUGCCAGCCCCAACGCCCAGGCUCAGACAGUUGCCAUGCGUGCAGCCUUCUCGGCGGCCAAUAUCACCGACCUUAACCAAAUCGGCUAUCUCGAAGCCCAUGGGACAGGAACCCUGGCUGGAGACCCGAUCGAAAUCAGUGCCGCCUCAUCUGUCUUUGCUCCAAGCCGUUCACCCGGGAACCCAUUGAUUGUCGGAUCCAUAAAGAGCAACAUCGGCCAUUCCGAGAACGCGGCGGGCAUAUCUGGCUUGCUCAAGGCCAUCAUGGCCGUAGAAAGGGGCAUUAUCCCGGGCACGCCAACGUUUAUUGACCCAAACCCUAAAAUCGACUUUGAGCUCCUCAAGGUCAAGGCGUCGCGGACUGCCAUCGCGUGGCCAGAUAUGCCAUCCCGUAUCGCCAGCGUCAACUCGUUUGGCUACGGCGGGUCCAACGCCCAUGUCGUGCUUCAGGACGCAGGAUCGUUUCUGAGGACCUCCGAGACGGCCUAUACCUCCUCCUUUGCGCAAGGCGAUUCAUUCUUUGACGACGAUGAUGACGAGCGCCUCCCUACUCGGCCCCAGGUCCUUGCUUUCUCCGCCAAUGACGAGGACUCCCUCAAGAGGUAUAUCAAAGACCUGCAGAAGCAUUUGCUGAACCCUCGAGUCAGCAUCAAGUUGCCGGAUCUGGCCUACACCCUCGCGCGACGCACCCGCCUAUUCAACCGUGGCUUUCUGAUCGCCAAAGGUACGCACCUGGAUGACACUGCGCUGGUCGUUGGCAAGAGAAGCCCCGAACCCCCACGGAUCGGGUUCGUCUUUACCGGCCAGGGAGCGCAGUGGUCACAAAUGGGUAAAGGAAUCGUCGACUUGUUUCCCCAGUCACACUCUAUCCUAGCUCGACUGGAUAAGGCGCUUCAGAGUCUACCAACCCCGCCUUCUUGGUCACUCCUGAGUGAACUCGUCCAAGUACGCAGCCCCGAACAUCUUCGGCUGCCGGAAUUCUCGCAGCCGCUCGUCACGGCUUUGCAACUGGCCAUGUUUGACGUUCUCCGCUCCUGGGGUGUUGAGGCACAGAGUGUUGUGGGACAUUCGUCUGGUGAAAUCGCUGCCGCCUGUGCCGCUGGCCUGUUGACACCUGAAGAUGCCAUCAAAGUCGCCUUCCUGAGAGGCCAGGCAGCCAAGGAACUGCAGGAGACGGCCCAGGCAGGUGUCGGCAUGAUGGCCGUAGGACUGGGCCCUGAGGAGGCUGCUAAAUACAUUGGUGAUAGUGCGCAUGCCGUCCAAAUCGCUUGCUUCAAUAGCCCAUCCAGUGUGACGCUUUCCGGUAUAGUCGAGCACCUAAAUGAGGUCAAAGAUCGCCUUCAGCAGGAUGGCCACUUUGCUCGUCUUCUGCAAGUCAACCUAGCAUACCACUCAAAAUACAUGUCGGAGAUCGGUGAUCGUUACCUUGCCCUUCUACACGAGAGCUGCGGUACUCCCUUGCCCGGCUCCGAUGGCGUUCAGAUGUUUUCCUCAGUGCUUGGCUCGGAGAUGCAGCAGCCAGCCGAUCCGCUCUAUUGGAAGACCAACAUGGUGUCGCCUGUGCGGUUCAGUGAAGCCUGCGCUGCGCUGCUGUCUGGGAAAGACGCCGCAGACUUCCUCAUUGAAGUCGGCCCGAGCGGUGCGCUGGCUGGGCCUGUCGCCCAGAUCAAGAAGUCUCUUGCCGGCCAAGGUGGGAAUGUUCAGUACGUGGCAGCCUCGAAGCGUGGAGCAGACUCGGUGCUCUCGUUGUUUGAUGUAGCAGGCCGUCUUUUCCUGUCUGGCGGCGACAUCGAAUUGAACAAAGUGAAUCAAGACCCGGCGGCCAUCACCAGACCUGCCAUCAUCGUCGACCUACCCAACUAUGCCUGGAACCACCAAACCAAGCACUGGUAUGAGUCUGAUGCUUCGCGAGAGUGGCGGUACCGCAAUUUCGUCCACCAUGACCUGUUGGGGAGCAAGAUCUUGAACUCCCCCUGGCAGGCCCCAACCUUCCGGAAAACCCUGGACUUGAAGGAUGUGCCGUGGCUGAUUGACCAUAAGAUGGGAUCCGAGAUAGUCUUCCCCGGAGCCGCCUUCUGUGCCAUGGCGAUUGAAGCCAUUUACCAAUCCGUGCAGAUGACUCGACCGGUGGAAGGACUGACGAGGGCAGACCAGCUUCGAUACCGGCUGCGCAACAUCAAAUUUGAAAAGGCCCUGGUGUUGGAGGAAAACAGCCCAGCCAAAGUGACGCUGACUCUGGCUCCUCAUCCCGGCACGAAGGAUUCCUGGUAUGACUUCCGCGUCGUCUCUCAUCGAGACGAGAAUAAAAACGACCACUGCCACGGGCUCAUCCGCAUCGAGGAUUACGAGGCAGUGGAAUUUGGAUCCUCUACAGAACUGGCACCGUUGCAGGCUCCAACCAAGGCAGCGGUCUGGUACAAGGCAUUAGCUGAUGCGGGAUAUGGAUUUGGACCGGCGUUCAUCCGGCAUCUUGAAACUGAAUCUGUCGCCGGUGAGCGCCGCAGCCGGUCUCUGGUGUCCUUGGUGGAGCCCCAGUCCAAGUGGGAUCCUCAGUCGAUAUAUCCCAUGCACCCGGCGCCCAUGGACGGCUGCUUCCAAACUGUGACGCCCUCAGCGGUUGCUGGUAUCCGCAGCUCCAUCGACGGCGUUCUUGUCCCUGCCAUCAUAGACGAGCUUAUCAUCAAUCCAGUCAAGACUCGCCCCGAGGUCGGACUUUCCUGCACGACAUCCGAAUAUGUAGGAAAGGGACGCCUGGAUGACAACAAGAACUACAUGUCAGGCUGUACCGUCUAUGAUCCUGAGACCGGGGCGCAGCUAUUGAAGCUGACUGGAUUGCGAUAUAACCGUCUCUUGACCAGCGACAAGGCCAUGUCCUUGCAAACGUUCACUUGCUCAGAGUGGAAACCAGAUAUCUCCUUGUUGGCACAAGAACAGUAUCAGGAGUUGCCUGCGGAUAAGAAUACUACGUCUAGGAUCUCGACAGUUGUCGAGCUGAUUUCCCACAAAACCCCGAGGCUAUCAGUGCUGGAGGCCAACAUGACGAAAGGUGAUACCUCCAGCCUUUGGCUGCAGCCAGGAAACCCUUACGCGCGAGCUGCAUACAAACGGUUUCUCUUCUCCUCGAGUGACGCGAAUGCCCUCGUUACAGCACAGGAAAAGCACCAAUCUGCGAAGGCCUCCUCGUUUGAGCUGCUGGAUCUGGCGAAACCCGAUCUCCCUGCUCGCGAGACCCUGUUCGACUUCGUAAUUGCGAAACGUGAUGCGUUUCCACCCGAGGAACUCUCAGUCGUUGCGAAGAAUGCGCGUGCAUUACUGUCCCCGUCCGGAUAUCUACUCCUCGUGGAGUCCUUCCCAGCCCAUGUCGAGGAUACCUCAACGUACGUCAAUGGACACACUUCCCUAGACCAGAUUCCAAAAAUCCUCGAAGAUGCUGGAUUCGCCUCUGCUAUCCAUGUCCCAUGUGACUCUUCCCAAUGGGCGUUUCUUUGCAGAGCUUCCACCGAAGACGAAGGAAUAGAAGAAGAACAAGAUACCGGAGCCAUCGCGAAGCCAACUGCUGUUGAUUUUGUUCGACUCAGAUCGGAUCCUGCUUCCGCGACUGCCAUCAACAAUACAAAACUGGCAUUGAACGCGCGAGGAUGGACAUUAAACGAACAUCGGCACCCAUUUGGUACCCCGCCCCAAGGGGCUACGGUUCUCAUCUUGGAUGAGAUCUCACAACCUGUUCUGUCGACAGUAUCACCAGGGGAGUGGGAUGCUAUUAAGGAUCUGAUUACCACCCAGCGAUGUAAAAUCCUCUGGGUGACGGCCGGCUCCCAGUUUGAAGUUACCCAGCCGGACAACGCUAUGGUCCAUGGAUUCUUCCGAACAAUCAGGGCCGAAGACCCCAGUUUGAGACUCACCACUCUGGAUGUCGAGAGCGCAGAAGGCGCUGCAACGGUACAUGCGAUCGAUCGGAUUCUGACGACCCUGGCCAAGCCGGCGCCAAAGACGCAGGUGGAUAACGAAUAUGCCGAGCGAGGGGGCAUCAUCCACGUCAAUCGCAUCACGGUGGAUGAGGAAGUCAACCGCCUGAAACGGGCUGAGCUCGAAGGGGCAGAUCUGCAGGUACAGUCGCUGCACGAUAUGCGAGCCACGGCGCGCCUCAGAGCAGAGCGCGUUGGAACACUGGACUCCUUACACUAUGGAGAGAUCUCUACUGCCGAGCCCCCCCACAUCAAGGACGGCUGCCUUGAGGUUGAAAUCUACGCGGCCGGCCUCAACUUCAAGGAUGUUGCUGUGACGAUGGGCAUUGUUCCGGAGAAUGAGCACCUGCUGGGCGUUGAGGGCGCAGGUAUUGUCCGCCGAGCCGCAAAGGGCGUGCCGUUUGUCCCUGGGGAUCGUGUCGUGGUGUUUGAGAAGGGUUGCUUUGCAAACAGAAUCCAGGUCACAAAGGAACGAGCCCACCUGCUCCCUGAGUCCAUGUCCUUCGAAGACGCCGCGACUCUGAUGGGUGUCUAUCUGACCUCCCUUUACUCUCUGUUCAACCUGGCCAAUCUGCAGCAAGGGCAGUCUGUGCUCAUCCACUCUGCAGCCGGUGGCAUCGGCAUCUCCAGUAUCCAGCUUGCGCAGUACAAGGGGGCAGAAAUAUACGUCACUGUUGGCACAGACGACAAGCGGCAAUUCCUGCAUGAAAACUUUGGAAUUCCAUACGAGCGAAUGUUCUCGUCACGGUCAACCCGGUUUGCAUCACAGAUCAUGGCCGCCACCAACGGCAAGGGUAUCGACGUGAUCCUAAACUCACUGACUGGAGACCUUUUGGAUGAAUCAUGGCGUAUCUGCGCUGCGGGCGGCAUUAUGGUGGAGAUUGGCAAGAAAGACGUGCUGGACCGCAACAAGCUGUCGAUGGAGCCAUUUGAUCGGAACUGUUCCUUCAGGGCUCUUGAUUUCUCGCACAAGACCAUUUCGGACGCUCUUAUUGCGGAUUUGAUGACUAGAAUCUUCCUGCUGUACGAAGGAGGCCACAUCAAGCCCAUCCAUCCCAUCAAGACUUUCCCCUUCGAGGAUAUCCCGGCGGCGUUCGCGUAUAUGCGUGGCGGACGACAUAUCGGCAAGAUUGUGAUUUCCAACGGAGAAAAGGCGAAAAUCGACGUGCCUGUGCGACCUGCACCCCGCGUUCUGAGUCUCAGCGAUAAUUUGUCGUAUCUUAUUGUCGGAGGCCUCCGUGGACUUUGUGGCAGUCUGGCCGUACACAUGGCCAAGCACGGUGCAAAGCAUAUCAUUGCCCUGUCUCGGAGUGGAUGUGACGACGAGCGGUCCCAAGUGGUUGUGAAAAACUGCAACUCGUUUGGCUGCAAUGUCUAUGGAGCCAAGGGAGACGUGUCCAACUGGGAUGAUGUUUUGAGGGUAUUCCAAGAGGCGUCUAUCCCAAUCGGUGGUGUUAUUCAAGGUGCAAUGCUUCUUAGAGAUAAACCGUACGAAACAAUGACUGUCGAGGAAUACCACGCCACGGUUGCAAGCAAAGUCCAGGGAACAUGGAACCUGCACCGAGCAGCGCUGCAAGAGAGGUCCAAUCUCGACUUCUUCACUAUGCUGUCCAGCAUCUCCGGUGUUGUUGGGCAGAAAGGACAGGCAAAUUACUCUGCAGCCAACGUGUUCCUGGACGCCUUUGCCGUCUACCGUCAGUCCCUGGGUCUCGCCGCCAAUUCAACAAAUCUAGGCGUUAUCGAGGACGUCGGCUACGUCGCCGAGCAGGGUGGCAUGCUACAGCACUUUGACACGGGUCUGUGGACAGGUAUCAACGAAAAGGUGCUCCGAAAGAUCCUCGAAUACGCGAUCUGGCAACAGACGGCACCCAUCGACAAGAGAACCUCCCCUCAGCUGAUCACCGGCAUCGCUGUCCCCUUGCCCGAUGACGCCGAGAUUGGGCGAGAUGCGCGGUUUGCCAAACUGUUCAUCGGCAGUGAUUCUGGGAAUGUCGAUAAAUCGGGCGACGCCGCCAACAAGGAGAUCCAGGCAUUCUUCCUCCUCUUGAAGGCUGGGGCUGAUGCCACCGCCCUGCUCAAUGCCUGCGUCGACGUCGUUAACAAACAGUUUACCAAAAUGCUGCGUCUUCCUGAGCCCAUGGAGCCUGCAAAGCCGCUCACCGUCUACGGGCUCGACUCGCUCUCGGCCGUGGAAUUCCGCAACUGGCUGCGUACGGAACUGGGCGCGGAGCUGUCAACGCUGGAGAUCACCAGUGCUAGCUCGCUGUUUUCGCUGUGUGAGAAGAUCAUUAUUAAGAUUGCUAAGGCUGCGUCGUAG